UCCUUCAGGGACUGGGAGACAGCCCGCUAACAUGGGCACGUUCUCUGUUUGCCAAACUUUUGUUGUUACUCUUGGGGGAUUUGUCAGAGAAAAAGACAAGGAUUGUACAAACUUUUUAUGAUGGACAGUUUUGUCUUGUUGAAAGGCAAAACCACUUAAGUAAAAGACGUGACUAGGGUGAUUCUCUUAUUCACAAGGAGUAAGGAUUACAAAAAGGUAAAGUCUCGUGAAGUGUAUGGUUUUAGUCUCAAGUUUGACCUCAAGUAUCCUGGGAAGAAGUAAACAGCUAACGUGUCAAGAAUAAGACAGCAGAGUGCAUCUUUGCCAGCCAUCCUGCCACACCAUGGGAGACAAGUCUGGUGGAAAAGUAGCGGCUGCAAUGAACCGGAUCCAGGUGGUGAAGGGCUUGGAGGAUCUGGAGGUGUGUGAGAGUGACAGCUGUGUGUUCGAAGUGACCCUCAGCCUGGCCUACAUUGAUGGCCUCUGGUUGAAGGACGGUGUCAGACUGAAGUCUAAGCCCACAUGUCGUAUCAGCGCCCAUGGGAAGCGACACACCCUGGAGCUAACCCGGGUGAUCAUAGGAGACACUGGUUUGUUCUCCUUCCAGGCUGAUGGAGUGCAAAGUUCAGGCAGACUUACAGUCACAGCCAGAGACAUCAAGAUCGUGAAAGAGCUGGAGGAUGCUAAUGUGAUGGAGCGCCAGAGCGUGUCCUUCCUGUGCAAGGUCAACUUUGAGGAUGUGGACGGACGCUGGUACAGAGACAGCAGCCGGAUCAGACCCAGCGACAACAUCAAAAUCAGACACGACGGUGAGGAAUACUCGGUGUUGUACCACAAUCGGUGA